AUGUCCGAUCGACCAUCAUCUCCCAUCAUCAGUAUCGCCUGCGUUGCGCACCUAAUCAAGAUGAAUACGAAUCAUAAUAAUACUUCGGUAGAUUCUUCUGUUCAAUGCGACCUCCAAUCACAUUCCGCCAGCCCUAAUGAAAACAGACCAUCCAAUCGGCUGAUUGUAGAAAGAUCGCAGGGUAUUGAAGGAGCUGAGCAGGCUGUUGCAAGAGUCACUGUAGACUUUCCAUCUAAUAACCCAACUUUGAGCGAAGAGGCAAUGAACAGACUACAAGAUCAGAUCAACAACCUCCUGAAAAACUUUUUGGCUGAUCCAGCAAAUACAACACAGUCUGUGAAGAAUAAAGUUGAUGCUUCAACACAAACUAUUCGAGAGCCAAGUCCAGUGCGAGAAGCUGUCGAUUUCGAGGAAGUUGAAGAAUUUGAAGAAAAUGCACUUAUAGUGGAAAACGAGGCCGGAGGUGAACCAGAAGAAGCCGACAAUGAUGCGAGAGAUGAGUCUGUCGAAAUCCAGUUUGAGAUCAUCCGCAAUGGGGUGUACAAGGAUUUCCGCGUUGUGAUGGAAAAUUUGAGAGGGAUCUCCAUGGCGGAAAUCCACGAAAUGAGUGAAAAUAUAGCCGAAUACCUGGAGUCAUUGUUCCUCACUGGCUCGGAGUUUCUGACACCUCCAGCCACUAAUACCACAGCUAGUGAUCGUGCCUCAGCUAGUACUGAAGAACGCUCUGCUCCAACCACCGAAAGCACUAGUCAAGAAAGUCAGCGUGAUGGAGCUCGUCCACCUUCGUUCAUCGCUGAGUCGGGUUCGUCCGAUGGGGCUCAUCCAUCGUCGUCAACUGAAUCGGCUUCAUCGUCCAGAAUUCGUCGUAAGUCGGAAUCGGUUUCUGACGAAGUUGAAGGAAACGACGCCAAGCGAAGCAAGAAAAACCAAUUGCUCUCGGUCCUUGACCAUGUCGUCGCUGCUGCUCGCCGUCUCCUCGAUGGUGACUGCGAUGAUGCUGUGCCGAAUCUUGAUGUUGCGUUGCCAUGGUGGUCACUCGAUCUUCCGCUCGAUCGUUCACAAUAG